UGCCAUCAAUUUCAACAAUCAUACAUUGGAAAUCGAACAUGAGCAGUUCAAAAAGUAGUUUUCAUUUUGCAAAAUGGAUUUAGACAACCUCGAUAAUCGUUUGAUGCUCUUGCAAUGCAUGCGAGAGAAUGCAUCGAAUAUGCGCAUCGAGCAGCAGCAGUUGAGGGAAAACAUUUCGAAUGCUUUGAUGCGAGCGCGCAACAGUUUGGAUUGCAUUAGAGCCUUGAGUGCUGAGCUUAUUGAGAUGAAGGCGGUUGUGGAAAGUGCAUUAGCAGAAGCAGAAGAAGCAAGAAACAAUGUGGAAGAGCUGGGACUAGUCGAAACUGGGGACGAAGGCAGAGUUUUAGCAGAAGGAAUUGAAGUUGAAGAGUCUUUAAGUGAUGAGCAAAUUAGAGGAACUGAAGGUGAAGUAAGUUUGUCAGCAGGAGAGAUAACGGGAGAGCUCCUUGAAGGUGAAGAAGAUAUUUCAGAAGAGAUAAUAGAAGAUAUCUUUCAAGCUAAAGCUGAAUCAGCGGAGGAUGCUAAUUGGAAUAUAGAAAACUAAUGUUGAAUCUAAUGACACAAAAGGGGAAAAACAGCAUAAUUGUAAAGUUAUAUAUUUUUGUUAUUAUUGUUACUAUUAAAAAUUUAAAGAGAAUGACAUAGC